AUGGAAAGAACACCUCAUAUAGCCAUUGUACCAAGUCCAGGGAUGGGUCACUUGAUCCCACUGGUUGAGUUUGCAAAGAGACUGCUCAUCAACCACAACAUCUCUGCAACUUUCAUCAUCCCAAAUGAUGGCCCUUUAUCCAUCUCUCAGAACGACUUUCUUGAAUCACUCCCCAAUGGCUUAAACCAUCUGGUUCUUCCUCCUGUAAGCUUCGAUGAUCUCCCCCAUGAUGCUCGAAUGGAAACCAGGAUCAGUCUCAUGGUCACUCGCUCUCUCCCUUCCCUUCGUGAAGCUUUCAAGCCCUUGGUUGCAGAAAAGAAAAUGGUGGCGUUGUUCGUCGAUCUUUUCGGCACGGAUGCGUUCGAUGUCGCGAUCGAGUUUGGAGUUUCGCCUUACAUCUUCUACCCCUCGACUGCCAUGGCUUUGUCUUUGUUUCUUCAUCUUCCCAAGCUUGAUCAGAUGGUUUCGGGUGAGUAUAGGGAGUUGGCUGAACCGGUUCAGAUCCCCGGCUGCAUACCGAUUCGCGGUCAAGACCUGUUCGACCCGAUGCAAGAUCGGAAGAACGACGCGUACAAAUGGGCGCUUCAUAAUGCCAAGAGAUAUAGGAUGGCUGAAGGGAUAGCUGUGAAUAGCUUCAAGGAGUUGGAGGGUGGAGCCCUGGAAGCGUUGCUGACGGAAGAGCCCGGUAAGCCGCCGGUUUAUCCGGUCGGGCCGGUGAUACAGACCGGUUCGAGUAGCGAGGUUAAUGGGUCCGAGUGUUUGAGGUGGUUAGAUGGUCAGCCAUGUGGUUCGGUUUUGUAUAUAUCUUUUGGGAGUGGUGGAACCCUUUCAAGUAACCAACUCAAUGAGUUAGCCAUGGGUUUGGAAUUGAGUGAACAAAGGUUCUUAUGGGUGGUUAGAAGUCCAAAUGAUCAACCAAAUGCCACUUACUUUGACUCUCAUGGCCACAAAGACCCUUUAGGAUUUUUACCAAAAGGGUUUUUGGAAAGAACCAAAGGGAGCGGGCUUGUGGUUCCAUCGUGGGCCCCACAAGCCCAGAUCCUCGGCCACAGUUCAACAGGAGGGUUCCUGACCCACUGUGGAUGGAACUCGAUUCUCGAGACGGUAGUCCAUGGCGUGCCAGUGAUUGCUUGGCCGCUUUAUGCCGAGCAAAAGAUGAAUGCGGUUUCUUUAACCGAGGGCAUGAAACUGGCGCUGAGGCCGAAAACUGGGGAGAAUGGGAUCGUGGGUCGGGUGGAGAUCGCGAGGGUCGUGAAGGGUUUGUUGGAAGGAGAAGAAGGGAAAGAAAUUCGGAGUCGAGUUCGAGAUAUGAAAGAUGCAGCCGCUAAGGUUCUGAGUAAAGACGGGUGUUCAACAAGAAACUUAGAUCAAUUGGCUUCCAAGUUGAAAAACAAGAUUAGCAAUUAAAUUAUCAAGCAUUUAAAAAUAAUUAUUUUAGUAUUUUUUUUUUCUCUUUUGUAAUAAUUUAUUUAUUGUGAAUUAAAUUUGGUAAAAUAAAUUAAACCGAACAACGAUGUUUUAAUCAGAAUGAAGGUCGGGAUGAUGAAAUGCAUGCAUACUUGAUCCUUACUUUAAAAAGUAGAACGGUUU